UAUCACUCUGACUGUCUUGACAGUGGUCACACAGGCACAUCAGCUGUACGAGCGAGAGGAACACUGACCUAAUUAAAUGUGCUGGAGGACAACAAACACCGACGAGACACAACGCACCACAGCGACCUGGUCGAAGUAAAAAAAAAAAAAAAAAAGACUGCCAUUUGCUGCAACUGUAAGUCCGUGUGUGCACUUUUUACGUCUGUCUGUAGUGGUUGUCGUGAUAAUUACCAUUGAAACGCACCGGACGAAUCUCUGUUCCUUCCACGGCGAGAAGUGAAAGCGAGUGCCAGCAGCUGUAAAGCCUCAAGGUGCCUUAAACGGGUCGGGGUGAUCCCCCCCUUAGAUUAUACAGCAGCCAGAAGAAGCAGUGCGUGGGACUUUGGGUGUCAUUACAGAGAAAGCGCCACCAACCUGUCUGCCUAGAAGCCAAUACAGAGCUGACAAUUGUGCUAUUGAUUGCUGCAACUGAGAGAGAGGAAGAGGAGGAAGACACAGCCAAAGAGUGAAAGAAAGAGAGAAAGAACUUGUCCUUUCUGGAUGUGAGGGAGUUUUUUUUUGGUCACAGAGAUCAUUGUUUCGGAGGAGCUUCUCGAGGGAAGCAGUUGAAAUGUCUAUAAUGGGUGAGCUGUCAUCAGCCCAGGUGACCGAGUGCACCUGAGCGUAACUCCUGCAACACACACUCAAAGUCACCACCAGACUUUGGGCAUUCACUGCGCAGUAAAAACACCAACAUCUACUGUGUUUGUGACUUCAGCAAGGAGGAGAGAAAAUCGUGACUGAAUCCCUCCACUUUUUAUUUCUGGAUUAUUUUUACCCGGAGUUUUCUUUUUCUGUUUUUGCUGGCUUACCUGGAAGAGAACAACAAGUGCGAGGAGGACAAAUGAUGGUUUGUGGGUGUGGGACUUACUGAGCUGUCGAUUAUAGCACAGAAGAAGGCUGCUGGGGCUCAAAGCGUCUGUGUGCAGGAAUGCUGACUCCCAUAUGGACGCAGACCAUACAGCGUUGUGUCUGAGCGGCUGAGCCUGUGAAGGCACCCAGAGACGGUCAUGUUGGAUCUCUUCCUUAGAGUGCUGGUGUUGACCCGUCUUCACCCGUCACCUCACAGCACCUUGCUGCCAACCUAACUCCUCGCUCCCUCCCUCUUCCCGCAAUCUCUUUUCUUCCACCGCCUGGCCCGGGAGAAAGGUCCUUGGUCCUCGUGGAAAAUGUCCUAUGCACACCACAAGCUGCUUACCUGGAGCUUACCUCAACUCCUCCUACCGCUGACCUACCUCUGGCUGUUGGCUCCUCCCACAGGUGUGUCAGCAAAUCUCUGCCGGGUGACCGGCGGGGUGCUCGGGAUUCACUGGAGCAGCGUCAUCUCCCUGGGGUGGCACCCUCUGGCGGAUGGGAGAGGCGGGGCGACAUGUUGGGAGUCCUGCUGCUUGAAGCCCACCUGCAACGCCGUUUGGAGCCUCGGCGGGCGAUGUGUGCUCCUCAGCUGCACGCAGAAAUGGGGUUGCCCCAUCUCCUCCCUGCCCCAGCCCUACCAGGAGUCCCUUGGCCUCCUUCAGCUGCUCUCAAAGGGUCCCGUCUUAACAAGACGUAGAAGAGCUCGUCACGCACAGCAUGCAGGAAGUCACCAACCGCAAACAGGACAACUUACCAGCACGGAAAGUGCCAAACCGGAAACCGCUCACCCGACUCCAACAGUACCCAGCACCAUCACACUGCUUCAAACAGCCCAGAAAAACCAUAGCCAGUUAACCAAUGGGAGCGCAGACACCGCUCUAUCUUCAUCACAGCAGACCGCAACGGUGGACAGCGCCGUCGAUACUGCUGCGUCUUCCAAUAGCAGUGAUGUCAGCACACCCACAGCGACUGCGACUGCGAUCAUCACUACUCCAACACAGGCUGUGAGGGAGCUGGUGGUAUCAGCAGGAGAGAGUGUGGAGGUCACGCUGCCCCGCAACGAAGUCGAGCUCAACGCCUUCGUGGUACCAAGGCCCCCGACAGGGACAAACUAUAUAUUCGACUGGCGUCUGAUAACUCACCCCAAAGAUUACAGCGGGGAGAUGGAAGGGAAGCACAGCACGACACUUAAACUCAGCAAGCUGACUGUGGGCCUGUAUGAGUUUGAGGUGACAGUGGACGGGGAGGGAGCCCAUGGAGAAGGUUACGUCAAUGUCACAGUUAAACCAGAACCGCGGGUAAACAAGCCUCCUGUUGCCGUAGUUUCCCCCAAGUUCCAGGAGAUCUCCUUGCCAACCAGCUCUACAGUCAUAGACGGCAGCCAGAGCACCGAUGAUGACAAGGUGGUGGCGUGGCACUGGGAAGAGGUUAAAGGUCCCCUGAGAGAGGAGAAGGUCUCUGCCGACACCCCCGUCCUCACCCUCACCAGCUUGGUGCCUGGGAAUUACACAUUCAGUUUGACAGUGACGGACUCAGACGGAGCCACAAACUCGACACAAGCCACUCUCUCUGUCAACAAAGCCAAGGACUACAGGCCUGUGGCCAAUGCCGGCCCUAACCAGGUCAUCCAGUUGCCACGCAACUCCAUCACUCUGUUUGGCAACCAAAGCACAGACGACCAUGAUUCCCUGUCCUAUGAGUGGUCCCUCAGCCCCGAGAGCAAAGACAAGGUGGUGGAGAUGCAGGGUGUACGGACACCGAUCUUGCAGCUGUCUGCUAUGCAGGAAGGAGACUACACCUUCCAGCUGACCGUGACAGACUCAUCUGGACAGCAGGACACCGCCCAAGUCACCGUCAUCGUGCAGCCAGAAAACAAUAAGCCACCAAUAGCAGAUGCAGGACCGGAGAAAGAGCUAACGCUGCCAGUCGAUCGAACCACGCUGGACGGCAGUAAGAGCAGCGAUGACCAGAAGAUAGCCACCUACCACUGGAAACAAACCAAGGGUCCUGGUGGUGUGAAGAUUGAGAAUGCUGACGGUGCCGUUGCCACGGUGACAGGUCUUGAGGUCGGCAUGUAUGAGUUCACCCUGACAGUAACUGAUGACAGGAAGCUGGAGAGUACCGACACUGUCACGGUCAUCGUCAGAGAAGAACUGGACCAGCCGCCAUUGGCUCGUGUUGUCUCGAGUCCACCCAUCCUUCUGCCCGUCAGGACCGCCACCCUAGAUGGAUCUCACUCCACUGAUGACAAAGGUGGUGUCAGCUACCUGUGGACCAGAGAUGACAGCAGCCCUGCCGCUGGGGAUGUACUGAACAACUCUGACCACCAGGCAGUGCUGUUUCUGGGGAACCUGGUGGAGGGGAAGUACAGCUUCACCUUGACUGUAACUGACAGUAAAGGACAGACCAGCUCUAACAGGGGCACAGUGGAGGUCAAACCAGACAUAUGGGAGCAUGACUUGGUGGAGUUGGUGUUGGAGGUCUCUGUAUCCCAGGUCUCCCACCGUCAGCGAGACAUGCUGCUGCGCCAGGUUGGGGUUUUACUGGGAGUGCUCGACAGUGACAUUACUGUGCGAGAAAUCAGUGCGUUUAAUGAGCACAGUACUCGUUUGGUCUUCCUGGUGUCAGGCGGUCCAGGGCGCCCCCCUCUGUCUGGCCGAAGCGUUGCACUUGGACUACGCAACAAACUGCGCAAACAGAAGAAUGACUUUCUCAUCUACAAGGCCCGACGGGUGGAUACAGUCAUCUGCCAGCUGAACUGCUCCGGUCACGGCGAAUGUGACUCGUUCACACGGCGCUGUGUCUGCCACCCUUUCUGGAUGGAGAACUUCAUCAGAGCUCAGCUCGGAGAUGCAGAAAGCAAUUGUGAGUGGAGCGUACUCUAUGUGACUAUAGCAUCCUUUAUGAUUGUGGUUGCUAUAGCAACAGUUGUCUGGGGGAUGGUGUGUUGCUGCAACAGGCGUAAAAGCAAAGUGCGUAGAAGCAAAAGCAGAUAUAAAAUACUAGAAGCUGAUGAGCAAGACAGUCUGGAGCUACAACCACCUCGAGCUGCCCGCCUGAAGCCGGUCCCCGCUCCAACCUCCUCUGCCCUCAUGCACUCAGACUCUGACCUGGACAGUGACGAAGGGCAGGGAGGGGUCCCAUGGACGGAGCAGGAGCGCGGGCAUCUCCUGCGGCCCCAGAACGGCUCCCUGAGGAACGGCCAGGGGCCUGUGAGGAGCAAAAAGCAAAGAGAGGAGCUGCUAUAGCAAGGGAGGAAGGGGGAAGCUCGCCGCUGCCCUCACACACACACACACACCUCCUCCAGCUGUCACACCCCUCUGUUUUUCACUCUUCCUGUUUCUCUUUUGUUGUUCUUGCAACACAGAAACCUCACACUUCUCAUCCAUGAAUACAGACUGUGUGAUAGCUGGAUUUGGGAAGAGAAAGUGAGGAAAAACAUGCUGGAAACAUGUUGUCCCACUGUCACAGAAAAAAACACCACUGUACUGAAAUGUCCCUGCUCCCACACUGAGCCACUAUGAAGGGAAAAAAACAUUUCGCUGAGAUCUAGGAGUGAGCACUGUGUUUUUGAAUAGUAUAAAAAUAUAACGUUAGACCCCUAUUAUUUAACACAGAGACAUAAAGAAUGUACUGUUACCCUCUUACUGAUGGCGCACGUUGAUUUGAGACUGUGGGAGACAAAGUAGCCUGAGUGACACUUGACUUAGUGGAUUUUUCUUUUUUUUUUUUUAACUCAGCUUCGAAGACACAAAACCAGCCACUUGACACGCUCACACCUUGCCUCUUGUAGACACGCAUGUACGCACACAAAGACGACGUAUUCACACUGUUCCAGGUAAAUCUGAUGCUACCAAACACUGCCAUGAUGAAACCAAUGGUUAACUCUGCUCGACAACCAAAACGGAGCUAACCAACAGCAAUGGACCCUCGUCCAAAAACAAAAAUAAAACAAAAAAUGUGCAUGAAGAGUGACAGAUUGUAAUUCUGGUAGAAUUUGAUACUGGAAUGAUCGCCUGCAUGUUUGUACGUUGGGUGUAUGUGUGGAUUCCUUCUGGCUGCUGAGCCAAAACGAUGUUUCUUCAGACGUUUUUAUGUUUUUAUGUCUGUUAUUAACCCACAAGGAGAGUCACAGUGCUGUCACAGUUAUGGCGGUCAGAGGCAGAAGAUCUUAAAAAAAAAACAACACUUUUAUUCUGAAGGUUUCCCUGUGGAUUAAGUCGCUGGAACACACACUGGAAUACACAACGUUAACGAGUUCGGUCUCGACGGGGACGAUAAUGAGGAGGGUCACAACACAACAAAUGGGAUGGACUGGACACUGCUUCCUCACUCACCUCAUUGUUCAUUAACGUAACGACCACCAUGAACCAUGAAGACCACUUAGGUUUUUUUUUUGUAUGUUAUUUUUCCUCUUCUUCUUUUAUUUUUUUUACCAACAACUUUAGGCUGUGAUUAGAUGUGGAUGCACUUUGAUUUCUGUCGGCUGUCACCUUCACUCUCAUUUUGUCAAAAGGGAGAUAUGAUGGUUAAAGUUGGAAGGUUCAGCCAUUAACACUUGACUGCAUUCGAAAUGUGUGAAAUACCUGACUUCCUCGACUUUAAAGACCAAAGGGAAGGAUAUAUUUUAGCAAACGUGAAUGCAGCUCAAGCCCAGAAGCACCUCAGUAAUUGUUACAUUACCUGUAGGCUUGAAAUAAAGUUAUGGUGUAAGCUUAAUAUAUGGCAGAGUGGGACAUGAACCUUUUUAAUCCUGUGACGUCAUUUAUGGCGUUUCUGUGCAAUUCCUUCAACCAGUUAGAAUCAGUUUGGCUCCAAAUAGGAUGAGCAUGUUUAUCUUGCUUUUCUUUUGGCAAAUAUUCAGUUAGUUCAACUUGGGGAUUACAAAAAUUACACAAAAAUCUGUGUGAGUGACAUAAUUAAGACGAUAAUUAGACGUUCAAAUGGGCAUCGCUAAACUUCCAUGAGAGAUGAAAAGAGAGCGUUGUGCCCAAAAUGACCCUGAAACUGUGUUAAACCCCCGAAAACGAAUGAUUUCUUCCCACAAGUAUAAUAAGAGCAGAAGGUUAAUCUGAGGGAUGUUUGCCAUAAAUACAGGACACAAAGGGAGGCUGUAAGAACACAGAAGCAUCUUCUGUAGUAGCGACGGCUGUUUCUGUGAGUGGAAACUUUAACCAAAUGAAUCUUCCCUGCAAACCUCUCCAGUGUGUGAUUGCUUUUGCAUGUGAAACUGGCCUGUCAGUCACCUUUUUCUUGGGUUGUUGAAUGUUAAAAAGGGUACGCCAUUGAGACAGCUGUACUCUGUGUGAAAUAAGCAAUCAUUCCUUCUUUUUGUUUUUAAUUUCUUACUGUUAAGUCAUCUCAUGCUGAUGUCAUGCUGCACUAGUUUGGGUCUUAAGGCAGCCAGUGCACAUCAGGCCUGGACGGAGAUUUAAAAGAAGUUGUCUGGCAAUCUUUUUUGCCAACUGGUGUGAGACAAAUUUAAAUCAAGUGCACCCAAGUGCCAACUCUGUAAAAAUGUCCAUCUUUUGACACUUUAAAAAAUAGUGUCCUAUUCUUCCAAUGUUUUUUGCACAUCAUAGGAAAUGGAUUUUGGAGUAAUUGCCAAGAUUUGAUGUUGAUUCACUCAUUUCUUGUUUGUCUGCGUUCCCUUUUUACCCCCAAAACUCACAAAAAAAAUUCUUAUCACCUAUUUCACAAAAUACAGCCUAUCUUCUGUUACACGUACAACCUUUGCCAGUCACUUUUGGGAUUUAUAGAUGUGAAUUGACCUCGACUCUGACGGAGUCCACUGUGAAGGCAGACAAAGAAAACUGGGAGCAACUGUUAAAUGAAGGGAGUUUAAUUUAAGAUGUUUUUAGAUACAGUUUUAGGGAAGGUUUUUUCCCCUCCUUCUUCUUCUUUCCUUCUGUUUGACCAGACCUGAUGCAACUGGAUAAUCUGUAAAUUAAAAUAAAACUGUUUCAGUUUGUUCUUGAGUUUUCUGA